CUCUCUCUCUCUGCCACCUUUCCUCCCCUUUGGGAAUCCCCAUCGGAUCGCCGGCGCGCCCCCUUCCUCGCAGCCUUGCCCGGAAAGAUGUCUCUGGCCAUGGACGAGGAAGACUACGCCAAGCUGGUGAUGGAGUCGGGGCCCGAGUGGCUGCGCGGGGAGGUCAAGCGGCUCUUCCAGGAGCUGGGCGAAACCACCCGCGAGAAGAUCCAGGCGGCCGAGUACGGGCUGGCGGUGCUGGAGGAGAAGCAGCAGCUCAAGCAGCAGUACGAGGAGCUGGAGCUGGAGUACGAGACCAUCCGGGCGGAGAUGGAGCAGCUGAAGGAGGCUUUCGGUCAGGCUCACACCAACCACAAGAAAGUAGCAGCUGAUGGAGAGAGUCGGGAAGAGACCUUGAUCCAGGAGUCAGCCACAAAGGAGGAGUAUUACAUGAAAAAAGUCAUGGAGUUGCAGACAGAACUAAAGCAGCUGAGAAAUGUCCUGGCCAACACCCAGUCUGAGAAUGAACGUUUGAAUUCUGUCGCUCAGGAACUGAGAGAGGUCAACCAGAAUGUGGAACUCCAGAGGGGUCGCUUGCGGGAUGACAUAAAAGAAUAUAAGUUCCGAGAAGCUCGCUUGCUUCAAGAUUACACUGAACUUGAGGAGGAGAACAUCUGCCUUCAGAAACAAGUGUCUGUUCUGAAACAGAACCAGGUGGAAUUUGAAGGGCUGAAGCACGAAAUCAAGAGACUGGAAGAGGUUACUGAAUUCCUCAACAGCCAGCUAGAGGAUGCCAUAAGGUUGAAAGAGAUAUCUGAACGCCAGCUGGAAGAGGCCUUAGAAACCCUGAAGACAGAACGUGAACAGAAGAAUAACCUUCGGAAAGAGUUGUCUCAUUAUAUGAAUAUCAAUGAUUCCAUGUAUACCAGCCACCUGAACAUCUCUUUGGAUGGACUGAAGUUCAGCGAUGAAGCCACAGAACCCAAUAAUGAUGAAAUUGUGAAUGGCUUCGAACAAAACUGCCUGAGUAAAAUCAAUAGCAACAAUAAAGCCUCCACAGCCAAGAAAAAUGAGAGCUUCCCUCCAGCCCCUAGUCUUGUUUCUGAUCUCUUAAGUGAGCUGAAUAUAUCUGAAAUCCAGAAGCUGAAACAGCAGCUUAUGCAGAUGGAAAGGGAAAAAAUGAAUUUAUUGUCUACACUCCAAGAGUCUCAGAAGCAGCUUGAGAACACUCGGGGAGCACUUUCGGAGCAGCACGAGAAAGUGGGCAGGCUCACAGAGAACCUCAAUGCCAUGAAAAAGCUGCAGGUCAGCAAGGAGCGUCAGUCGGCUCUUGACAACGAGAAGGACCGUGAUAGUCAUGAGGAUGGUGAUUAUUAUGAGGUCGACAUCAAUGGCCCAGAGAUUUUAGAAUGCAAGUACAAAGUGGCUGUAGCAGAGAUUAGCGACUUAAAAGAAGAGCUAAAAGUCCUGAAGAGCAAAUAUGAGGAGUGUGUGUCCAAAUACGAGGAGGAGAAGAACAGGUAUGAGACAGAAACUCAGGCUCUGACGGAAAAGAUUGCUUCAUUGGAAAAAUCUAGUAGGCAAGAUAGGGAGCAGGUCGUCCGGCUGGAGAAAGAGCUCAAGAAAGUCAGUGACGUUGCCGGGGAAACGCAAGGUAGCCUCAGUGUAGCCCAAGAUGAACUGGUCACCUUCAGUGAGGAGCUGGCCAACUUGUACCAUCAUGUCUGCAUGUGCAACAACGAAACUCCAAACAGAGUGAUGCUGGAUUACUACAAAGAAGGUAAAGGAGGACGCACCAGUCCAGAGGGCAAAGGUCACAGGUCACCAAUCCUCCUCUCUAAGGGAUUGCUAUCUAUAGACUUAGGAAAAUCAGAGAAUGGGAGUGGAGACAGUAGUCCUUCACCAGUUUCAUCUCUCCCAUCGCCAGUAUCUGAUCCCCGAAAGGAACCCAUGAACAUUUACAACCUGAUUGCCAUAAUCCGUGACCAGAUCAAGCAUCUGCAAGCAGCUGUGGACAGAACAACCGAGCUGUCUCGGCAGCGGGUGACCACUCAAGAACUUGGGCCUGUAGUGGACAAAGAUAAAGAGGCUCUGAUGGAAGAAAUCUUGAAACUGAAGUCUCUGUUAAGCACCAAGAGAGAACAGAUAGCAACUCUGAGGACUGUGCUGAAGGCCAACAAACAGACGGCAGAGGUUGCCCUUGCCAACUUGAAAAGCAAGUAUGAGAAUGAAAAAGCCAUGGUUACAGAGACGAUGAUGAAGCUACGCAAUGAACUGAAGGCUUUAAAAGAAGAUGCUGCUACCUUCUCUUCUCUGAGGGCCAUGUUUGCUACCAGGUGUGAUGAAUAUGUCACCCAGCUGGACGAAAUGCAACGCCAGCUAGCUGCAGCUGAAGAUGAGAAGAAGACCCUGAACUCCUUACUUCGUAUGGCCAUUCAGCAAAAGCUGGCUUUGACCCAGCGCCUUGAGCAUCUUGAGCUGGACCAUGAGCAGUCCAAAAGGGUGCGCACAAAAUCUGCUUCCAAAGCCAAGAGUAGUAACCCCAGCGUAAGUCAUAUACGGUCCUGUGGAGACAGGUCGGAAGGGUCUGUUCUUAAUAACCAGGUGUUUUGCAGUGAGAAAUAUAAGAUCUAUUGUGAUUAAGAUGAGUAGGAGGCCAUCCAUAUGCAUCUGAUGUCUGUGCUGUUGAGUGUCAGCAUAAAUCCCCACUAUAUUAAUGUUGCAGUGAUGGGUGGAUUUGUACUAGUACGUUGUUAAACCAUGUAAUACAGGCUGUAUUAUAAUGGUCUUAACUGUAACGGAUUCACACGCAUGGGGUGGGGGGAUGCUGUUAAUGGGGAGAAGCAUUUGGCUCUUUCCUCCAUGAGCAACUUUGGUUUUGCUGGCCAUGUUAAAGGUGUUAACGGUGCAUGCCAGGUCUACUGUACCUGGAGUUUCUAACAGUAGCUUCUAUAGCACAAAUAUUAUCCUUUCCCCUGGGUUACAAGUAUUUUUCAAGUAACAAUGUCACAGGGAAACAAGUCUUCUUUCUUGGUAUGUUGGAAAAGUGGUGAAACACAACAUCUAAAACUAGAUGUAUAAUAUAUUUUUGAGCAUCUGUGCUUAAAAAUAGAACCAAAUUGAAAUUAAAUCUGCUGUGGCAGUCAGUUGCUGCCAAAAAUCACCACUUACCUUAUCCAAAAGGCUUUCUUAUAAAUGCUGGAACAACCCGGUAGGAAGGAUAUUUUUGGAAACCUUGCCCCUGCUUAAUUUCAGCAGGUUAAUCUAUAGAAGAUUGCACUCUUAAGUAUAAAGGAGUUAUGCAAUAUUACUUGUUCUGUUCUUCUGGAUUACUUGUUUUGUUCUUCUUGAACAAAAUGUGUUCCAGAAGAAAAGAAAGAAACAAGCUGGAAGAAAUUAGGAUCUGAAUCCUUCAGAGCAAAUAUGUUGUGGGAUAUACUGCAAAAAUUUCUGUUGUAUCCUAUUGUUGCUUCCCACAGUGUGAUUGGGAAUUUUCUAGCCAAAAUUUAAUUCAUUUAAAUCUCCUUGGUUUCAUUCUGAAAGUUAAACAAGUGCUUAACUCUCUCCAGCUUUAAGCAAUGGGCUUUUAAAAGUGCUUAUCAUUCAACAUUCUUACUGUAUCUUGCAGUAUAUAUGUACAAAAUAAACAGGAGUAUGUGCUAGUAUUGUCAAUUUGCAAUGCAACUCUCCUUAAGUGUCAGUAUUAAGGCUUCAUAGGAUAGUAUUACAGAGCUCUAAGUCUUGUUGAAGUGAGUGAGAGAGAGAAAUUGCAUUUGUCAUGCAAACAGGGCUCUACAUUCUAGGCACCAGAAAUUAAUUAAUCAGUUUAUUCUUUCUAAUACAUAAAUACGAAAUAAGUUAGCUUAUACUUACUCAUCCACAAAUAUAUAUAUAUAUUUAGAUAUAUAUUUAAAAGUUCAAUAUCCACUAUUGAACUUUUAAAGGGCCUUUUUAGCCACUUAAUUUCAAUACAUUUGAUAACUUUGAAAAAGUGUACUUCAUAAUUGGUGCCUAUAUAGAAGUGGUAAUGCAGCAAGACAGGGGAGAAAAUGUUCUUAAAAUUGGUGAAUUUAAGGAGCACAAGCAAGGCACAUUAUAAAAAAGAAGAAACAAAAGAAUUCAAAAGUGCCUAGCCUCAAACAUUAUUUUAAUGUAAAGCCCUGUUCAUUUUGUACUCUUUUCAAAUAACUUUGUAUGCUUAGACUAUUACUACGAUGCGAUACAGGGCUGCACAGCUGUGUCUGCUGAUAGUAGUAAUAUUUUAUUUCCCUAAAGCCAUGCUAACAAUAAUCUUGGUGUUGUACUGCCUCAUCUUGUAUCACUGGCUCUUUUUAGAUUAUCAGCACCUGCUUCCUCUGUAUUGCUCUGCCUAUAAACAUAGUUAGGAAAUAAUAACAAUGUUACUGUAAGGUGAUGAAGAGGAGGGCAGCUUGCUUUCCGGGCAGAAGCCAUUCAAAGUAAGCCUUCGAUGUCUUGAGCAUACAACAACAAAGAUCUACACACUAGGAUGUAAAUUUAAAAAAUUAUUAAAUGGAGAAACCGGCAUCUAGAAAUUAAGGUAGCCUGCCUGCUGCAACAUAAAUAGUUAUAAACCAUCCUGUUUAAUAUACACAUUGGCCAAUCCCAUUUAAGGACUGGCAAAUGUGAGCAGCAUUUUCAAACAGUUUGAUUAGCGUCUCCCCCUUUAUGCCUUGUGGUACCAUUGCGUUUGCAGGAAACACUGCAGUCUCCUGAAUUUGAGCUUUAAUAAUGAUGUUUAGCAGGUUUUAAGGUUUUUAGAAACAGCACCUUGUAACAAUGUUCAGCCCUACUUUUGUCCUCUUUGAUGCACAAUAAUCCAGAAGGCCUUUUUAGCCCUUCCCCUGUCCCCCUCCUUUUUAAUAAAAUGCCUUGGAAAUAACUGGGCAUUUAAACUCUUAAUGAUAUUUUUGCUCCAUUAGAAGCAACAAACCCUUGUUGCUCCCCAUGUUGACGGGGAGCUGUUAAUAAUUAUUUUCUCUGUAUCCUUUUCUGGGGUGGUGCUCAUAACACAGAAUACUUUUGGGAGAGCAAAAGGAUAUUUUAAAGAAAUCCAUUACAUUGGCAAGGUUUUAAGCUAGUUAAAAGAAAAUAGAGAGGUCUCGGUGUUGCGGCAUGGCCACAGUGUGUCAAGUUCAUAUUGCUGGAUAUAACAUACUAUUUAACGUUUUGGAGUAUUCAACAAACCGAUUAUUAUAGUUUCCAUUGUUAUCAGUUCCAUUGUUCUACACCUGUAGACAGAGGCUUCAACCUUGCACCACUUUAUAUCUGGAGCAUCAACAAUAGCUAUAUGUAGAAGGUUGCAAAACCCGGAUGUACCCUUACCUGUGUUCUUGGUAGGUGUCUGACUAGUUUUAAACCCAACUAAGGGGGAAAAAAAUCAAAAGAAUUUUCAAAGGUGAUUUGUUGUUGUGUGUAAACUUAAGUGGUGUUUGGUGAAACCUCUGCUUGAUGGGUUAUCUGCUUUCUCAAAUUAACACCUACUAUAUUGAUGUCUCAUUUUGCUGUCGUUGAGUUGGGAUGCAGCAUGGAAAACUUAACUAAGCCAUCACCUACCUCGGCAAGCAGGACAUUUUCUCCUGAAUGGUUUUACUGAUCUCUGCAUUGGCUGGCAUGACCCACUGAUUGACCUGCAUGUUUUUUUUUUGGGGGGGGGGAGAGGCUGUAGCUUCCUUGAUAAGUUUCUUCUGCAUACUCACUGCUAUUUGUUUCUGCUUGAGCAGUGUCGCUUGAUUCAGGACUUGUAAGCGCCUUUUCUUCCUGCACAGCUUUUGCUAACAGGCAGUGCAUUAAAGCAUUGUUUCAAAUGCUUGGAAAGCACCGAUAAGUUACCUUGGCUGCUUUACCAUAGAAGACUAACAGAUGAUCCUUACCUAACUAAUGUGAUAUGGACCUUUUGCAGCACACCCAUGUGUGUGUGUGUGCGUGUGCGUGUGCGCAUGUGUGCGUGUGUGAGAGAGAGUUUUCCUUUCUUGAACUGAAGAAUGACUUUUCCCCCCACUCUGGUUUCUAAUGUUUCAUUUUUGUGUUUUUUUACUUUCCACUUUCCAGCUGUAGAGUAGUCCCUCCCGGAGAAGGCCUUUGCAACCUGUGCAACUUCGUAUCUUAGCCUGUGUCGUUACGGUUAGAAGUGGUGGUAGCCCGUUGCACAAAGAAUGGAAACCACUCAUAAUGAACCUCUCCCCUGCCCCAAGCAAAAAACAAAACAAAGCAAAACACACCACAUAACCUUGCAGUACGCAAUCUGCAUUGGGUCCCCCUAACCCAACCCACCCGUUUGCUUUUUGGCAAAUUAUGACUUGAUACAAACAAGUAAAGCUUUAUUCAUUAAGUGCUGCUGCAGGAAGAAAACUUACAAAUGCUGAAGAAACUUACUCCAUAAUGUAAGAAUUGCCAUGGUUGCUAUUUUUUUUUUUUUUUUUUUGGCUUCUUGGAAACAUUCAGAUGGGUAUCCCUCUCCCUUUUGAUUUCAUUAUAGAGCAUUCAGUUUUUUUAAAAAAAGAAAACAACAGUUUGAUUGUUUAAACCUGUGCACUUUUAAUAUUUUGAUAUUUACUUUAACGUCUUUUUAUUCUUUUUGUAGAAGAGUUUAUAUUAAAGAAAACAAAACUCCAAUGACCUAACGCUAAUAGUCUGUCUCCACUUGGGGCUUGUGCUUGACGUGUUCCCCUCCGUGUUUGGCAGAGUUUUAUCCUGUAUUGUUUUGCUCUACAUUGAGUUUAGGAAAGAGCUUCAACAGAAAACCAGGAGUUCUACUAAACUAUAUAUGUGCUGUGCAUCAGCAGCUGUUACUCUCUUUUCUCUUUUUUAAUUAAAAAUGUUAAGCUUUAUCUGUUUUAAAUUACUGAUUUUUAACUGCCAUGUUAAUUGAGAAAUCCAGGGUAUUCAAAUUCUGGGGUUUUUUCAUAUUGUAUUAUUAUUCUUAGGAAUAGUUCAAUGUAACAAGAAGAAAACUUGACUUUGCUCUGGUUAAAAACAGUUAAUAGGCACUUGAAAAUAAAUAUUAGUGUUACCUAUAAAUUCCAGAAUGUCUGGGUUUUAGGAAAGUCUUAUGGCGUAUGAUUGGUUAACAGAAUUUUAUACAACUAUACCACUUAAAUUCCAAAUUGGAAUUGUGUUUUUGUUACUACUUUGUUUUAUUGUGCCAAGUUGUGGUACAUUUUAGAAAGACAAAUUCUAAAGUUGUCAGUGCUAGGCUGUUCUAUUUCAGCGCCUUUUUGUCAUUUAAUUGUUGCCAGUAGUGCCUUUCAUAAUUUUAAAGGGAGACGCCUAGGCUAGCUGAGUAUGUCCAAGAAGAAAGAAACCACAGUUUUGGAAACCUAGUACUGAAUGCGGAGCAAUAAGGGCAAAGCAGACUCCCAGAUUGCACAUUUUAAAAUGGGUAGACCUACUACAGAGAGGAGACGUGUGCAAAUUGUAAAAAAUUCUGUUACUCAAUGAUACUUCAUCAUGCAAAUUCAGGGGUUUAGAAUAAAAAUGAAGCAAACAAAUGUUAAAACCCGAGUAAACUUUGCAAACCAAAAUGAACAAAAUAAUAAGCAAGAUGUGUUAACACAUUUGUGGUUGCAGUACAGAGGACGUUUGGAAAAAUAUUGGUGUUCUGGUAGCUUUGUAUGGUGGUGGAUCCAGUUAACCAUAGUAUUGUGUGCAAAUGUGAAGAAGACAAACACGACGUUUAAUAUUUUUCUCUUGCAUGUUAUAUCUAAUCCAUUGUAAUUUCAGGAAACAGAAACAUAGCUGGGCGUCAACAAGAUGUACCUACCGGUACUAUUUGUUGAAGCUAAUUUUGAAUGAUUAAAUUUGGUACUGCUUGAGGAAGGAGAAGCCAACUUUCCUCUAAAAAGAAAAAGGAAUAGAAAUUGUAAUAAUGUCAUUGGAAAAAGCUUUCUGUUUGCUGGAAGAAAUUUUAUUAUUCCUAGAAGGUGGGGACUUAAUGUUUUCAUCUUUUGGGUUGCAGUAUUGAUUCAUGAUUACUUUUGAAUUACAUCUCUAUGUGGGUAUUUAUUUGAAAUGUCAAAGUACUGGAUUAUGUUUUUAUGUGCAUUACCUUUUAGUGGUGGAUUGGUCUCCAUUUUAUUGUCAUGUGCAUGUAUACUCUUGCCAAGUAACCUUUACACAGACAGAGAGAGAGAGAGAAAAGAAAUGAUUGCUAUUACUUAAAAGGGAAAUGUGGAAAAGGAUUAUGGUACAAGUUUUUGUGCUAAUUUGAUAAUUAUAGGAGGUGUAGAGGGCAAAAAUGCUAGUUACAAAUUAAUCCCAAAAGAGUGCAUGUUAUGUAGGAAAGCAAUCUACCUGCGUAAAGGUAGUCACACUGGCAGUAUCAAUAAAGAAGAAAGAAAGAA